CUGAUCAAGGUGGACUACAGUUUUGAGACAGAAUCAGUUCUGUACGAUGUGGUGGAGAACAAAGCAAAAGCACCUUCAACGUAUGUGGCCGGAAAUUUCUCGUUCGAAUCACUUCAUCAUGAUCUCGAGGGUGGCAUGCUGGGAAGAUACAGGACCAACAACUGUGGUAAUGUUCCGGACGUCUAUGUAUCGUUCGUUCAAGGCGGUAACAACAUACAAGAAGUUCUUUAUGAUGCCACACAAUUCCCUGAUGAAAAACCCAGAUGGAAUUUCAUCUAUGCCAUGAUCAACACCAUUUACACUCCGGCAGAAAAUGGUGAAGGUGAUAACCAGUACGUGGAUACUGUGUACGGCAAAUGCGAAGUGCAGUUCGGCAGACCGGAAGACAAGCGAUUUCGAAGAAAAAUCAACGGCUGCGAGAUCAAAUCUGAUGAAUUUCACUCGCAUAGAUGGGCUCCAGCCUGCAGAAUACGAAAAUCGACGCCGAUAUCGUGGUUAUCGAUGCUGUUGAACUGCUCCGAUUCAAUACACCUUUGCAUAAUAAAUGGGGAUUCACUCUUGAGAGCAGGGACCCAUGUCGAAAUCACCAAUCGGACCAUGAAUUAUGUUCCUCGACACUGUAACUCGGAUACAAAAACAGCAGCGGAGUGUGCCAAGGAUAAAUUUGGAGCCGUGCCGGUUGGAAAGAACUCUACGAACAAGUUUGCCUCGACUUCGGUGUUGCGAAGUAUCGUAAGUAAUUUGUUCGGAAUGGGCGAAUUCACACACAUGCUGCAAAAGCACUCACAAAUAGUUCGCGGAGAUUGUACAGGAAGGAAGGCAAGCCACCAUGUGCUUGGAAAUGUACUGGGAGCACUCGGUAAUUCACAGUCGUUGAAGAUUGCUCGUGAAGUACUGCUCGUUGAAGGACCCGAAUUCCUGGACGAUUAUCUACUUGGAGCUGCACACACCACAAGUAAUGACGAGAAAUGGCACAAACAGCUAAUGUACUGGAUGGCUGAUAUGAAAAAGGACGAAGCGACAUACUGGAAGAUAGCCAAUACCGUUGCUACAGUACUCCAAAAAAGAUGUGACAGAACGCCAAGCACUCGUAAUUCGUGCCAACGUGGGAAAGAAAAGAUAGUGGCGAAAUUCAUUGGUGAUAUCAGCGCUUGCAAAACGGAAGAAUGCCAUCUGAAAUCGCUGGAAAUUCUCCAAAACAUCCCCAUAUCACAAUCAUUUGAACAUGCCCGAGGAUUCCUAUGUUCCUCUUCUCACAGCGCCCCUGUACAGAUUGCUGCAUUGCAACUGAUCAAAGCCGCCAGUCCGACAUUGUAUGACUCCAAGCUGGCCAACGUACUCAUCAGACUAUUCCGUGAUGUUUGUCCUCAGCCAACGAGCACUGGCGAGUCACAAUUAGCUAUUGAUAUUCUUGUGAAAUGUAUACCUGAGCAGCAGCACGUCGCUACAAUGCUUCUACGAACGGAAACCCUGAAUCCGGAAAAUCCUGAGAAGUGGCAAUAUUUCUACAAAGCUGUCUCAUUUAGAUCAGUCGCGGCUAAGAGCGAGUUGUUUGGUUUGGAGAAAUGCACAGCCACAAAUCAAAUUCGUUCCAAGGAGUUGCGCUAA